CCCCAAUAAAUGCUCCCUCCAGCCGAAAUUAUAUAUUAGUUGUUACAUAGUAAAAUUAGGCACCUCAAUCUCAAUAGCAUCGUAAUGAUGAUUAUGCACAAAAGGUGUAACUUUUAUUUAAAAAUAUUACAAUUUCCAUAUGUAAUCAAAUAACAGUAAUAAGAACUGAAAGCAAAAUAAUCCAAAUAAUAAAAAAGGGAAAUCAUGUACAGUACCUUAAAGUAAAAUGUUUGCUUGGGUGGCAUUUUAACAAACAGGUUGUAGGCAACGACAAAAGGCAUCAUGUUUACAACACCCGGACUCUACUCAUGAGCCCACGUUUCAAGACUACGAUGACCCAGUAGAAUAAAGCAUCAACAGAUGAGAAAAAGCUCACCCCCAACUAGUAUGGAGGAAGAACAGGCUCUUCAGAAACGAAAAUUUUAUUGGGGAAAUACACCAGAUGAAUCAGAAUACUACGAACUCCAUAACAUCAAUUCAACAAACGCCUUGUUCACAUCACCAAGAGGCUUAUCUCUUUUCACCAGAUCAUGGCUUCCCCUAACUUCACCACGUGGCAUCAUCUGUAUGGUCCACGGCUACGGCAACGAUAUCAGCUGGACCUUCCAGGCCACGGCGAUCUUCCUCGCCGCCAGCGGGUAUGCCUGCUUCGCUGUUGACAUGGAAGGCCACGGCCGAUCUGAAGGACUCAAGGCCUUCGUCCCCAACGUCGACUACGUCGUUGAAGAUUACUUGGCGUUCUUCGACUCGAUAAUUACUUCAGCCGACCCCAAUUACCAAAACCUCCCUAAAUUCUUAUUCGGUGAAUCCAUGGGCGGCGCAAUCUGCCUUUUAAUCGAAUGCAAGAGACCUAAUUUCUUCGAUGGCGCAAUCCUGAUCGCUCCGAUGUGUAAGAUCUCCGAUAAAGUAAGACCCAGUUGGCCAAUUCCUGAGAUUUUAAUGUUUGUAUCGAAGUUUGCCCCAACUCUGGCCAUCGUACCGACAGCUGAUUUAGUUGAUAAAUCUGUUAAAGUUCCGGAAAAGAGAAUCAUCGGUGGAAUGAAUCCGAUGAGAUACACAGGGAAACCGAGAUUGGGGACAGUCACGGAACUCUUACGAGUGACGGAUUAUUUGAGUAGGCGAUUAAGCGAUGUGAACAUUCCCUUCAUUGUGCUACACGGAAAUGCUGAUGCUGUUACUGAUCCUGCAGUGAGUGAAGAACUGUACGAAAAGGCAAAGAGUAAGGACAAGAGUUUGAAGAUUUACGAUGGGAUGAUGCAUUCAUUGUUGUUCGGCGAAACCGACGAAAAUGUGAAGAUUGUUCGUGGUGAUAUACUGUCGUGGCUGAAUGAUCGAUCUUGAAGAUGAAAGAAACUUGAUUUGAUUGUUGUCUUGUUUCAUCAAAUUAUUCAUCAUUAAAUGUGUAUUGAAAAUCUGUUUGUCCACCAACUGUUUGAUAAAAUUACCCACUGAAACUGGGUUUGUUGUACCAUAUUUGAACGUUGGAAAUCGAUGAUCAUCGAUGUUUGGCC